AUGCAGAACUGGGCAUCCAAGAAUGCCGACUACAUACGGAGGUGGACAGAGUCAGCUGUGGUGGAUGUCAUCAUUACUGCUGGACAAUACGACGAGGCCACGUACUGGGACUACCUUGCUUGGUACCGUCCGCGCACGUGUGCCACCUUACUCAGCGGACCUGUACAGCCGGGCCCCAGACCCUUCCCCGAGGAUCGUGCCCGCCUACUUCAUGUUGUGACUGAAGAGGCGUAUGAGAUGCAUACGCAAGCGGAUCAAGCUUGUGGGGAACCAAGCAGGUCAUCAUCGCAGAGGGAUCGUAACCCUCUCCGGGAGUACAUGAGGACAAGAGGAUCCCGCUUCCUAAACGCUAUACGUGGUCUAGGUGGGUGUGCCCCGCAAUGGAGGGGGUACAACCAACAUGCCAUGGACCCGUCUCGUGCCUCCCACAGCAGGCGGUCAUCCAGUGCUCUGUUCCUAGAACAUUCUCCUGUAUUUAUGUUCGAACGUCUAGGCAUGGGGGGCAUGAAACCGUCAUCAUCUUCGUCCUCGUCAUUAUCUGGAUGA